CUGACGUGAUAAAAUGCUAACAUUAUUUGUGUUGAGCUCAAUGCUGUAAAGUUGGAUGGAUGUAGCUUUCGAACAUCUUUCUGGUUUAUUUUAUAAAAGUUUAUUUUGUGUAACUUAGUUUCUCCGACAUCAUCAUGGAAUCAACUUCUGUAUUUGAAGACCGUGAAAAUUUAAAUGAUUUCUUAGAAGAAGCAGAACUACAACAGUAUUAUGAAUUGUUUAGAGAUAUUUUGAAAGUUACAAAAGUUUCCCAACUGAAAUUUGUGCUCACAGAAGAUUUAGUUCAGAUUGGACUCUCAAGGCCUGAACAAAGACGUUACAAAAAGAUCUACUCGAAGUACUUUCCGAAUCCAUACAUAUCGAAGAUAAGAAAAAUGUUGAAACCAUCCAGGAAACGAGACCAGAAUUUUCACGGACAUACAUCAAUUCCACUGGAAAUGCAACCAGUUUUUGAAAAUAACGUGAAAGUGCCUACGAAGCAUAUCAUUUCUAUCGAGGAUAUAACUAUUAACAAAGAGCUUGGAAUGGGUCAAUUUGGUGUGGUGCAACAAGGAACAUGGACUACAGGGAAUCAAAGACUGCAAGUAGCGAUUAAAUGUCUAGGUCAUGAAAGGAUGACAUCAAAUUCGACAGAGUUUUUGAAAGAGGCGGCUGUGAUGCACAGCAUCGAACACCCGAACAUCGUCCGUCUGUAUGGUGUCGUACUUCACCUAGACUCCUUGAUGCUGGUGACCGAAUUGGCGCCACUUCGUUCGCUCUUAGAGUGCUUACGCGAGGUAUCAUUGCGCCUCAACUUCCCAGUGCCGAAUCUCUGUGAGUUUGCCGAACAGAUCUGUGAUGGAAUGUCGUAUUUGGAAAGCAAAAGACUGAUACAUAGGGAUCUUGCGGCCAGAAAUAUCUUAGUAUUUAGCAAAGAUAGAGUGAAGAUAUCAGAUUUUGGAUUAUCAAGAGCAUUGGGUGUUGGGAAGGAUUAUUAUCAGACAAACUACAAUGUGAAUCUCAAGCUUCCAGUGGCAUGGUGUGCUCCAGAAUGCAUCUUGUUUCUUCGCUUCACAUCAGCGAGUGAUGUAUGGGCAUUCGGCGUCUGUCUAUGGGAGAUGUUCACCUACGGAUUCCAACCCUGGGCCGCCUUUUCUGGACAGCAGAUCUUGGAAGCCAUUGAUGCUCCUAAUUUCCAGAGACUGGAGCGACCAGAGUGUUGUCCUGAAGCUUACUACACCACCAUGCUGGAGUGCUGGGCCCACGACUUCAAUAACCGACCAAAGUUCAAAGACUUGAGCGCGAAGUUGGCUAGCAUCCGGCCAGAGCAGGUGCAAGCGACGGUGAAUUUCACGAAGCCAGAAGAUGGCCGCCGUAACACAUUGCUGGAAUACAAGUCCGGACAAGUCAUUACAGUAUUAGGAAAAGAAAACAUGACGAAGUGCUCCCUGUGGUAUGGGGUAUUGCCCGGUGGUGCUUGUGGCAUGUUCGACCCCACGCACACGAAGCCCUACACUCCGCCAGAGAAAAAUGUAUGUUACGUGUCGGGAUCGUUAUCGCCGCACCCGAUCCGGCAGUCGGCGCGGUCUAUCCGCUCGUCUCUGCUGAGAUCUGACGUGAAGAGACACACGUACACUGGCAAGCGGACUAUACAGCGCAGCAUGAUCUCCAGCCCACAAGGAGAUGUGAAGCACACGGGCCAUGUCGGCCUCGACGGUGCUUACUUCGGCGAUAUAUCAUUCCUGGACCCUGCCGGUUGCCCACCACGCCAGGUUGUGACGCCGUAUAAGCCGUCAGAAGAUCUGGAACAGGUGCCUCUAAUCAACCCUAACUCACCGUCGCACCUCACUGGAGCCUCGGGGACCACGCCGUACCCCAUGUUGGCUUCUGGUAGACCGGAUGCUAAUAGAACUGACGCCGACGAGGUUGAUCUAUCUUGUGAAGUGAAAAUAAGAAGCUUGAAGAAGAACAGGACGUUGUCUGAGCCAACAACGAGCAAGGGCAUUCUCAGCAAGGUGAGGAGCGCGACUCUUGGCAGGUCACAUAAAGGAGACAACGCCACUGUGCCGAAAACUGACGAAGUUCACGAGUAUCAUGAGAUUUCUGAUACUGACACGGAAGGUACUGCUGCGUCCUUACCGAAGUCAGAGCACCUCGCGUUGAGACCUGAGAAUCUUGACAUACUGAAAAGCACGACUGAUUUUAGCAGAAGUUUACUUGAGGAAUUGGACAUUAUGUUUAAGAACCUCGAGUCAAAAAAAGAGGAAUCAAGUGCACCAUCUAGACAUCCAGAACCCAGUACGAGCUCUGGUAUAACUGACCAUAUGCGACCAUUUCGAAGAUACCAACUUAUCCCGGACGAGGAAAGACCUGCACGUAGCCGACGUUCCAGAUCUGUUUCUGAAACAGAAAUGCAGCGUCCGAGUUCCCACAUGGACCACCAGGAACCGUCCACGUCGCAAGGCGCUACCUCUCGUCUAAGGGAAAAUCAAAGGCUUUUAAGUCCGACGUCGUCCACUACUUCGGAGGACGAAAGUCAAGACGAACCACAUACACUCACUAAAAGCGAACGCAAGAAAGGAUUCUCUACUACUACGAUGAAACCGAUGUCGGCUCACGACGAGAGAAACCUAGAUACGGCCAUUGCGUUGGCAAAUGAAAUAACAUCGAAGUCCAUGAACGACUUGGAAGAGAAAAACCCACAGUCACCUAGCGAGCGAAAAUUCCACUUCCGUUUUGGGCGAUCUGGUCACCACAGUGCUCACGCUCAUGACCCUGAGAGAGAACAAUCAACAGGUUACAACCCGCGCAGAAAUUUCAGCGAAGAGGCCAAGAGCGUUCCCGAUUUAGCAGCCACCUUGACCGAGGAGUCGAAGUUAGCGUAUACCAGCUUGAUUGAAGAACCAACUCCAUCAACGUCUCUGAUGACACAGAUCGCUAAAGAGACCGGCGGAAUCUUAAAGUCGGCAACGAUCCCAAAGCCCACCCGGACUACAAUCGUACAGUUCAACAGCCGAACUGUUGGCUCUCCGCACCAUACCAGAUCCCCCAUUGGCGAACGGCACCCAGAGGAUACCGCAUUUAAUGUAUUGCCUCUGCCUCCGCGCACAACUAAGCCAAAGUUAGUAGAUCGGCCACGACACGUGCGCAAGUAUCCUCUAAAAUUGGUUGACGAGCCGAAGCCUGUGACUGUACCGCAUACAAAACAGAUUAAUAUUUAUCAGAAUACUAAAUCUCAAUCGAAAGACACCACAACAUCUGACGAAAUAAAAUCCGAAGACGUUGUGGAUGGCCACAAAGACACAAACCCUUUUUUAAACGCCCCUGGCCCAAGCGGUGCCAAUCCGUUUGGAAUAUAUCUAAAAAAUGAGGACGACGACACCCAACUGGAGCUUAAUGUGGGAAGUGAUACGGACAGCGAGGAAGAGACCCAUACUAAAUUAGCUAAAGGUAUACUUUCAGAAAGUAAAGAUCACGUCUCGGUCGAGGAUCUGCUAGAGUUCGCAGACCAGAAGCCGUGUGGCCGACAACGCGGGGUGGAGUCCGAUGAAGUUCGGAUCAUGAGCAAAGUACUCAAAGACGAGGCUAGUCAGGAGCUGUGUUUGGAGGCACUGGAGCUGAGCGGCUGGAACGUUCACAAUGCUAUCAAAUUAGUUCGUGUCAAGGUGUCAGUCGGCACUGACGUGUCCUUCGACAAGUGCCACGAACAACUGCAGAAAACUAACGGGGAUAUCGUCAAAGCUGUCUCCAUGAUGGUCUCCCUCGAUUAACUAACUUAAUAUAAAAGGAUUUCAACAGGAAAUCAUGGAAAUAUAAAAUUAAUUAAAUGUAAAUCGAGAGAAAUGUGUCUUUUAUUUUAUUUUUGCCUUUUUUCCUGUGAAGUUCGGAGUACAAGGUGAUAUAUAUAUAUAUAUAUAUAUUUAUUUUUUUACUUCAAGAAGGAACCAUUCACAAUUCAAAAUAUAAGUUAUGCUUGACGAUGC